AUCUGGUAACCAAAUGCGUGCGCGCGCGCAGAGCGCGCGCCGGCCCACGAAGCCGGCGCGCGCGCUCUGCGCGCUUGCGAUAUUGCUUAGCAAACGCAGCGCGAACGCGAAGGCAGUUGCCGUUACCAUAUAGGGCAACCGCCGGGAGGCGUGAAGGUCAGGGAAAUGGCCAGAAAUGAAGCGGGAGAAGGGAAAAAAAGCGGACCAGAUGGGAAAAUGGCCAGGAGGGCAAAAAUGUCGCAAAAACGGCAGAAACCAAGCGGGAGAAGGUGAAAAAGAGCAUUUUUGCGGUUUGGCCCACUUGAUAUCUGAAAAAGAGACGGACUGUUUUUUGCUCCGCCCGCUGGGCAGCUGCGUUGGAGCAGCAGGUCCGCGACCUGUUCGGAAGCCUUGGGCCGCUUCGUAACUGGAAAAAGUUGGAAAAAAAUGGCAAAAAUUUGCUUCAUAACGUGGGCGGAAGCAAUCGUCGGAUUUUGCCCAGAUCACCCGGGCCACUUAGAAAAUGAAAAAAGAUGAAAAAUUGCGCAAAAACGCAUUCCCUCCGCAGGCUUCAAAACUGCC